GAGAAGACCACCGACUGGGGUGGGGGCGAUUCCUGGUCGGCUUGGACCUCAGCCACUUGGGGACAGCAUGGUUCGGGCGGGUCCCGUGGCUGGAAGUCAGGAGAAAAAGAUGCCGCUGAUUCGAGAGGUGAUUGGAGUGCCGGUUCUUGGCAAGGGUGGAAGCAGAAGCAGGGCUGGCCAAAGCCUGCGGCUAAGGCACAGAUCCAGCACCCUGGUGCUGGCUGGGGGGAUGAUCGAAAACGUCGCUGGGGGCAGGAUCCUGCCCCAGACGCCUGGACGGAUUACUGGCAGAUCGCCCGGCAAAACAAUGAGAAUGAUGAGUGGCGAGUGCAGUGCCCGGCAGGGGCUCGAGACGAGGGGAUUGUGCCAGUUCUCCUCACCCCCGAUGACAAGGAGAUCACUAGGCUUGCCGAUGACAUCCUUGCCUCCUUUCAG